CACGGGCCGCGGCCUGGACGUGUGCAGCGCGUGGUUCGUGGCCUGUCUGGCGGCGGCUGUGGCUGCCAUGGCUACCCUGGAGGGACCGGUGGCGUCGGCGGCGUCUCGCAAGCGGCGGCCCAAAGGGCAGUACGUGCCGGCGGCCAAGCGGGCCCGGCCGGGCGGGUCGCGCCAGCUGGAGUCCGGCAUGUGCGGCAUCCUCAUCACCUGCAACAUGAACGAGCGCAAGUGCGUGGCCGAAGCCUAUAGCUUGCUGGGCGAGUACGGGGAACAGCUGUACGGGCCCGAGCAGUUCAUAGAGCACGACGACAGCAGAGGGUCAGGAAGCGAGGAGGAGGAAGAGGAGGAAGAUGAUGCCGAAGCUGCUGUGAAGAAGGAAGUCGAUCAGAUCCGUACUUCGACAGAACAGAAGCUGAGACGCUUCCAGUCAGUGGAAAGUGGUGCUAACAAUGUCGUUUUCAUCCGGACGCUGGGCGUAGAACCCGAGAAGUUGGUGCAUCACAUCCUGAAGGACAUGCAUGCCACCAAGAAGAAGAAAACCAGGGUGAUUCUGCGCAUGUUGCCCGUUUCCGGCUCCUGCAAAGCCUUCCUGGAGGACAUGAAGCGUUACACGGAGACCUUCUUUGAGCCCUGGUUUAAGGCUCCUAAGAAGGGCACUUUCCAGAUUGUGUACAAGGCUCGCAAUAAUAAUCACCUGAGUCGGGAAGAAGUCAUCAAAGAACUGGCAGGAGUGGUUGGCCACCUCAAUCCAGAAAACAAAGUUGACCUGAGCAACCCGGAGUUCACCAUCGUGGUGGAAAUAAUUAAGAACAUCUGCUGCUUGAGUGUGGUGAAGGACUACGUUCUCUUCCGAAAGUACAACCUCCAGGAGGUGGUGAAGGGCAGCCAAGGGGAUGGGCAACCAGGCGCCCCGAAGGCGCCGCAGGAGGGCAGCUUGGAAGGGGCCGGCCUGGCCGAGGGGAAGACGGAGGGCCAAGAGCCUCACGUGGAGACGGCCGAGGAGGAGGCGGCCAGUGACCAUCACAAGGACGGUGACCAUUAACGGGCUUUGGGAGAGCGGAACCCAAAGGACCACAGACUGUUAGCAGAUGAGCCAAGGGGAUGGGCGGGGGUGUGUGUGUGUUAACUAGUUGUCAGCUCUCCAGGUGGUGCCCAACAAAAGUUAGUCACUGCUGAGAGCACCUCAAGAGAAGCCACGUUGUCAGAGGCUUGUUUGCAGUGUCCCUUGGGACUAACUCUUCUUAUGUGGACCCCCCUGUAAGUAUUAAAGGUUACACUCCGGUGCUGUUUCCUGUGGGCUUUUGGAGCGGGUGAUAAAAUGCAUCUGCAACACCCGAGGCCUGGUUAUUUACCACCAGAUGUCCUGUUGCUUCACAGUGCCGUUGGGUUUUGCAACCCUGGCUGGCGAUGGCUGCUUCUGGCGAUGCUGCCAAAGUUUGCACUCCCCAUGGUGGGGGUACCAGCUCUGGCUGCUUGCAAAGCCCGCCUGUUCCUCAAGGUGAGGACAGCAGCCCCGAAAAUCUUCUCCAGCCAGAGAAAAGUGUCACCUGCUGCUCUGCUGUGACCUUGGCACAGGGCCGCGUGAUUGGGGGGGGCGGGGAAGGUCUUCCUUCUUUCCUGGCAGUUGCCUGCUCUUGGCCCAUUGCUAGAAAAGCAAGUAAAUUGGGAUGGAGCUCCACAGCAGUCAUAAUGCUAUGAGUGCCAUGGGGCUUUGAGUGCCUCCUUCAUGCCCACGGUCAGGCCUUGGACAAUCGAAGCCAUGUGCUGAUUUAUCUAAGGCCAAUGAGGAGGCAAUUGGAGCUUUCCUACCCCUAGGUGUUCUCACUUUUCGUGCACCAAGUUUUGGACAUCCGAGGUUCCAUCCUCAAAUGGAUGGGCUGUGUUGCAGGUUUCACUGAGCUUUAUCCCAGCGUAUCUUCUGAACUGGGAUUCAGAGUACAUUCAGAUCCUUGUUCCAGGAAAAAAAGCAGUGUGGAGCUCAAAGAAUAAACAUGCAGAGGGUUCUCAGCUUUAGCAAAUGUUUUAAAUUUUGGCAUAGAAGUUAUAUAUUAAGAGCCUUCUUCAGAAUGCACCCUGUAGGUUGCCAUUGUUUUAGAAGACACGGGAUAAGAGAAUGCAGGUAAGUUGAGCAAAUUUGGCGAUUCCUCUUUCUCUAGGGCCAUUUGUUCUUUUCCACUCGCUGCCAAACAGUUAAAUGUUUUCGGAAUAUAGUUUUCCAAGUGAAUCACUCGCCAUUUUGGGAAAAUAUGAGAGAAUCCUUUAGGACUAGUGCCUUUCUGACUUAGAUGACUCACCAGAUUCUCAGCGAGUGGAUUGGCCCGGGUUGUUCUGCCACACAAAGCCACAGCUCUGACGUCACACCAAAACCAGGUCACUCUGCGAACAAGCCUGACAGGGGCCUUGAGGUCCUUCUGUUUGUACGCCGCAAGUGGACUAGCCCUGAUCUACACAGGUGAUACUAUGAGUUCAGGGAGGGGAGGUUGAACAGACUGUACCACUUCAGAGUGCAGGUAAAAGUCAAAUUUUACAAGUUGCCCUAAAUGCUGUAUGUGGAAAACUAGCACAGCAGGGUUUGGUGUUGGACUCGAACCGUUCUCCCUACUAGAACGAAGUUUGAUUCCAGGGGCACCUUUAAGACCGACAAAGUUUAAUUUUGGGCAUAAGCUGUCAUGUGCAUGCA